ACAAAGAAUUCAUAUACAUUAAUCAAAUUUACUUAUUUCACAAUAAUCAACUUGACUUUGAAUUAAUCCCCUGACGAAGAGUUUUCAAGUUUGGUGCCGCCGGUUUGGUUUUUAUUUAUUCACCAAGUACUCCGUUUUAGUUGUAUAAAUACACUCUACCGUCUGCGUAUUUAUUUCAUCAACCUCAAAGAUCUCUCAACUUUUAAAUACAAAAAAAAAAAUACAAGAGAAAUAUUUUUAAAAUCAGUCAAUGGCAGGAAUCAAAGUUUUUGGCCACCCUGCUUCUACAGCCACGAGACGAGUUCUCAUCGCUCUGCACGAGAAAGAACUCGACUUCGAGCUUGUUCAUAUCGAUCUCAAAGAUGGUGAACACAAGAAAGAGCCUUUCCUUUCCCGCAACCCUUUUGGUAAAAUUCCAGCCUUUGAAGAUGGAGGCUUCAAGCUUUUCGAAUCAAGAGCAAUUACUCAAUACAUAGCUCAUGAAUACGCGGACAAAGGAAACCAACUUCUCUCGCCUGGCUCCAAGAACAUGGCAAUCUUGGCCAUGGGGAUGGAAAUAGAAGCUCAUGAGUUUGACUCAGUUGCUUCAAAGCUUGGUUGGGAACAAAUCUUCAAGAACUUCUUUGGUUUGACCACAGACCAAGCUGUUGUUAAAGAAGAAGAGGUUAAGUUAGGCAAAGUGCUUGACAACUACGAAGCUAGGCUUGGUGAGUCUAAGUAUUUGGCUUGUGAUCACUUCACUUUGGUCGAUCUUCACCAUAUCCCUGUGAUUCAGUACUUGCUUGGUACUCCAACUAAGAAACUCUUUGAUGAGCGUCCACAUGUCAGUGCUUGGGUUGCUGACAUCACUUCUAGGCCUUCUUCCCAGAAGGUCCUCCUUUAAGUGGAUUUUAAAAAAUCAAAAAUGUUAAUCAGAAAGACUGAAUAAAUGUGGGGAUGACCUCAUAGCUCAAUUCCCAUAAACUCUGUUUUCUCUGUUCUUUUUUUUUUCUUUUUUCAUGUGUACGCUGCUUUUCGGUUUAAUGAGAUAUUGAUUUGCAUGUAAUCUUCAGUUAUGAGUCUUGAUAUAUAAAAACAGAUUUUUAUUUAACAAUCA